GGGUAUUUAAAUAUGGGGUGAAGAUUCCAGCAGCUCAACACAAACGGUUCUCAUCACUGUGUGAGUUACAUACCAACACAUCAUGAUGAGCUGGGCCGUUAGCACUGUGGCUGUCGGGAUUGUCACUCUUUUGGUUAUUCAGAGGAAGUUUUACCCUUACUUUUGGAAUGACUUGAUGUAUUACGUGAAAGUUCGGCGCGUGGGGAGAGCGAUGAUGGCGAGGAUGAAGCGCGGAGUUGUCACAUAUCUCCAGUGUUUUGAGCUUCAAGCCAAAAAUAUCCCUCAGAAAACUUUUAUUGUGUUCGAAGAUCAGAUUCUCACCUAUAGAGACGUGGAUGUGCGGAGCAACAGAUUCGCGAACGUGUUGAAAUCUCACUGUGGUCUGAAACAUGGUGAUAUUGUUGCGCUUCUGAUGAAUAAUGAGGCGGAUUUCAUCUGCGUUUGGUUCGGACUCUGUAAGCUGGGAUGUGAGGUCGCGUUUCUCAACUUUAACAUCAAAUCUCAGUCUUUGCAGCACUGUUUGCACAGCUGUGGUGCUACAGCGCUCGUCAUUGGCUCAGACUUGAUGAAGUCUCUGGACGAGGUGCUGCUGACACUGACAGACGCUGGAAUUGAUGUUUGGGUGGCAGCAGAGAGCUCCACACAGAAGAAUGUCAGGACGUUGCUGGACAAGCUGGAAUCGGCUUCUCCAGAAAAGCCUGUGGUUGAUGCCCCUCAGCCAAACCUCAUGUCCAACUUCUUGUUUAUCUUCACAUCUGGCACUACAGGACUGCCAAAAGCUGCUCGAAUUAGUCACAUCAAAGCUGUGAUGUGUAUGGCUUUCCUCCGUUUGUGUGGUGCUUGUGCCAGUGAUAAAGUCUAUUUGACGCUGCCGCUCUACCACAUGUCUGCAUCGCUGCUCGGCAUUGGCGGCUGCAUUGACCUCGGGGCUACAUGUGUUUUGAAGAGGAAGUUCUCUGCCAGCCAGUUUUGGAAGGACUGUCUGAAGUAUGAUAUUACUGUGUUUCAGUAUAUUGGAGAACUCUGUCGAUAUUUGGUCAAUCAACCAAAGACUGCAGAGGAUGUGGCUCAUAAUGUUCGCCUCGCUGCAGGAAGUGGUCUUAGAGCUGAUGUUUGGAAGGAGUUUGUCAGACGUUUUGGAAAAAUCCAAAUUCGUGAAGCUUAUGGUUUAACGGAGGCCAGUAUUGGCUUCGUUAAUUACACCAAUGAAAUUGGACCAAUUGGACGAGCAAGUUAUUUUAAUAAGCUCAGUCUACCUUUUGAAUUUUUAAAAUGUGAUCCACAAACAUAUGAGCCCAUACGGACAGACACAGGACACUGCAUUAAAGUGAGUAAAGGGGAAGCAGGGUUACUGGUGGCACCAGUGAUGUUCACCAACCCUUUCCUGGGCUACGCGGGUGAUAAAGCCAUGUCAGAAAGGAAGCUGCUGAGGGAUGUCUUUAAGAUGGGAGAUGUGUAUUUCAACACCGGUGAUCUGAUGCUUCAGGACCACAGAGACUUCGUCUACUUCAAAGACAGGAUUGGAGACACAUUCAGGUGGAAAGGAGAAAAUGUCUCUACCACUGAGGUGUCUGAAGUGUUGGGCUGUCUGGACUUCCUGCUGGAUGUCAGUGUGUAUGGUGUCACUGUACCAGGAUAUGAGGGUCGUGCGGGAAUGGCUGCUGUUGUGCUGAAGGAUGGGCAUGGAUUGGAUGGAGAGAAACUCUACGGUCAUCUGCUCCACACUCUUCCUCCGUACGCAUGGCCGUGGUUUCUAAGAGUUCAGGCAAUCAAGUUGUUGAGAUCUGCUAUAUAGUAUACAUCAUCAUAUACUUCCUUAGACAUGACGGAUACGUUCAAGCAGCAGAAGGGAAGACUGGUACAGCAGGGCUUCAAUCCACAUGCAGUCCAGCAGCCGCUUUACUUCCUGGACACUUCACAGAAAACCUACACCCCCCUCACUGCACAAGUAUAUGACGACAUUGUAUCAGGCAAGAAGAGACUUUAGAUGCAUUGUGGGCAAUGCAGUGACCCAUGAAAUGAUGCGUUUUGGAAUGCAUCCACAUCACUAGAUGACAUGUCCACUUUCUGCAGUUACUGGAAGUGGAUUUACUAGUGUAAAUCCACAUAUGUAUUACAACAGUGAACAUUUUAUGAAAUGUAUGUGUGCUGGUGUGUUUUUAGUGUUCUAGUUAAGGUGUCUAUUUGGUACUGAGCCCAAAUAUACUGUAAGGAUUUUGUUAAGAAAUCCUAACAUCAAUAAAGAAAACGAGCUAAUACUAUAA